GCAGAGCUCCCUAUUGGCCGCUUUCUUCCCGGUGCUCCUCCUCCCGCCUGAGAAAGAAAGGCGAGUGUUGAUUGGGCCAGGCCGGCUGAUUGGGGCGGGGGAAAGAGAGUCCACUUCCGGAGCGGUGGGCCCAGUGGCCGUGGUUGCCAGGAGGAGCCGCAGCCCCAGAGGGAAGCUGAUGGAUCUCGCUUCCACCACUCUCCUCUUCCUGCUUUCUGGCAGCCUGGGGGUCUUUGGCCUCUUCCGGCUGCUGCAGCGAAUGCGAGGGAAGGCCUACCUCAAGGAUGCCGUGGUGGUGAUCACUGGAGCUACUUCUGGACUGGGGAAAGAAUGUGCCAAAGCCUUCCAUGCUGCUGGGUCAAAACUGGUGCUGUGUGGUAGGAAUGGAGAAAGACUGCAAGACCUUCUGCGGGAGCUCUCAGCGGCUGCUGGUCACCCAAAGAACCCCCAUAAACAUCACACUGUGAUCUUUGACCUCUCAGACAUCAAAGCAGUAGUUAAUGCUGCUGGGGAGAUCUUGAAAUGUGUGGAUCACGUGGACAUCCUGAUCAACAAUGCUGGGAUCAGUUACCGGGGCACCAUUUUGGACACUGUGGUUGAGGUGGACAGGAAAGUGAUGGAAACCAACUACUUUGGCCCGAUUGCAUUGACAAAAGCAAUUCUGCCUUCGAUGAUCAAGAGAAGACAAGGUCACAUCGUGGCCAUCAGCAGUGUUCAAGGCAAAAUUGGCAUCCCUUUCCGCUCUGCCUAUGCAGCCUCCAAGCAUGCCACCCAGGCCUUCUUUGACUGCCUGAGAGCAGAAGUGGAGCAAUACAACGUGGAGGUGACGGUGGUGAGCCCCGGCUACAUUCAGACCAACCUGUCGCUUAACGCGAUCACCGCAGAUGGGACCCAGUAUGGAGUGAUGGACAAGACGACCAGGGAAGGCGCGGCAGCUGCGGAGGUGGCUCAGGCGGUUCUCCACGCAGUGGGGGAGAAGAAAAAGGAGGUCCUGAUUGCCGGCUUCCUGCCUGCUCUGGCGGUGUACCUGCGGACCCUCUGCCCCCGGCUCUUCUUCACAGCUAUGGCCGCUAGAGCGCGGAAAGAAAAGAAAGCCAAGGACUCUUAGCUCUGCCUGGGCUUGCAGUGACCCUGCCCGGUCACCGCUGGCCCUCCAAGGCCCCCCAUGCUUUUGGCACUGAACGCCUGUGGGAAGCAUCCGUGUAAACGUCCUGAAGUCGCGUCAUCGCUUUGCACCAAGAGACGAAUCCCGUCCCACCCGACGGCUGCAGAACCUUGAAGGGCACCAGGAGAGGGGAAGGUGGCUGGCACCCUCCAGAAGUUUGCUGCGGUCACCGUCCACAGAGAAGUUCUUCUGCACGCUGAAGUGAACAGUAGCUGCUCUUUUACAUUUUCCAUCCAUUGAGUGGGGCUGGUCCAAAAGACAGUUCUAAUAAAACUGCAUUUGCUUA